AUGGCUCACCUGCUCAAAAGCCUUUCCUUUAGCCAAGUUAAACAGAAUAUUAAAAAGAUUUUUGAUGAUGGGAAGGAGAAAUAUGUUGCCAAUUGUUCUCCCAUGAGCCAACUCUUAUGUUUGGCGGUAAAUGAAUCUGUAUUGAAGGAGUUUCUUGAUAGGGCAAACAAUUAUAAAUGUUUGGAUGUCAUUACUUUCCCGGAAAUGCUUCCUCUUCAAACCAAGGACCUAAACGCCCUCUCUUCGGUGGUUUGGAACAAUUUACAGGACUUAAUUAAAGAGAUGGAGAAGGAAGAGAGAGAAAAAGAAGAGUUCGGGAGAACCUUGUUUGAUGAAAAUCCUAAGAGGACCAAUAAGAAAAAAAAGAAAGCCCAGAAGGCAAGAAGAGAUGAACCUCAAACCUCUGAAUCUGUUACUAUUAACCCUGCUUUAAAAGACCAAGAUUUUCAGAAUAUCUCGAAUACAUUGGCUCCAAAUUCUUCACUCCCAAACCAAGAUGUUGGAGGCCUUUCAACUCCCUAA